GUGGGACCUCAGGUUAGGUUGACCACAAAUAUUGCUUCAGAGAGGGACAUCCGCACAACCAAGACCUUCUCUUCAUGUACAGUUUAGAUUCAUUCCUUACUCUAACUCGCCUUCAUGUUUGUGGAUCUUUCUCAGGCUCUGAAAACUCUUUUCCAGUCAAAUCUUCUGGAUUAAUUGAAGGAGCUAAUCGUUUCCACUGGGCUAAUUUGGAAGCCAUUUUAAUAGCUGUUGUAGGCUAGAGAAAGCAUUGUUGUUGUCUUUUUUAGCUAUCUAUCUAUUUUUUUAUUCAAAUUUCUAUUUGAACCACAAACUUCUGAAGAUGAAGGACCGACUGGCGCAGCUGAAGGAGAAAAGUGAUGCCGGAGGCGAUGACAUUGAGGUUCCUGUGGAGAACGAGGCUUUUAUGGAUGAUUUCUUUGCUCAGAUUGAAGAUAUCCGCAUCAGCAUUGACAAGAUUGACGAGAGCGUCACAGAAAUAAAAAAACUCUACUCCACCAUUUUGUCGGCCCCCACAUCUGACCAGAAAACACAAGAUGACGUUGAAGCCCUCACCAAUGAGAUCAAGAAGUCGGCCAACAACGCAAGAAACAAACUUAAGAGUAUUGAGCGCCAGCUUGAGUCAAACACAGAUGAGAGGGCCUCAGCCGACCUCAGGAUACGCAAAUCGCAGCAUGCUAUCCUGGCCAAGAAGUUUGUUGAGGUGAUGACAAAAUACAAUGAGGCUCAAGUUGACUUCAGAGAUAAGAGCAAAGGACGAAUCGCCCGGCAGCUGGAGAUCACGGGGAAAGCAACGACUGACGAGGAACUGGAAGAGAUGCUGGAGGGAGGCAACUCAGCCGUCUUCACUGCCGGGAUCAUGGACUCGAAGAUCAACCAGCAGGCCCUGAAUGAGAUCGAGGCUCGUCACAAAGACAUCAUGAGGCUGGAAAGCAGCAUCAAAGAGCUCCAUGACAUGUUUGUCGAUAUCGCCAUGCUGGUUGAGAACCAGGGGGGCAUGAUUGACAGAAUCGAGAGCAACAUGGACCAAUCGGUGGGCUUUGUAGAGAGGGCAGUGGCCGACACCAAAAAGGCAGCUAAAUUCCAGCAGGAGGCGCGCAGGAAACAAAUGAUGAUCUUCUGCUGCUGUGUGAUUUUGGUCGUGAUCCUCGGUUCAUUUGUCUACAGCUUCAUUAAGUAGAAAGCCUGAAUGAGGCCAGCCACCAGCUGAGUCCACACAGCACAGGAUGAGGAGAGACCUGCUCUCAGAUGGUCACAAAAUAUGGCCUGGGCUCACUUCACUGUCUUUGCAACCAAUCAAAAUAGAAAUGAGGCUGCAAAUAUUUGCAUUCCUUCUGAGUUAUUUCUGAAUAUGUUAUGAAAACUUUCUUAACCCUCUCAGGGUGAUCCACAUUUACAUUCCGUUUCAGUGCAGUGUCUGGUUAAUUAAAGUUAUAUCUAAAUGCAGCUUUGAAGAAUAUCCACCCUCCUGAAAGGUCUGAGAAGAGAUCUUAAUAUGACUCCCAGGCAUUUAGAUCGAAUGUGUCGGCUCCGCUUGACUUGGAUAGUCCGUUUCUAGAGUAUUUGUAACGUGUCAGCUGUUUGACAAAUAAAGGUUUGGUUAGGCUCAAACAACAUCUAGUAUCUUCAUGUAUUGUCACAUAUACUCUAUUGCUAAUCUGUCAAACAUCUACAGACACCAGCGACACAGCUGAAAUGUUACAAAUACUCUGUAAGCUAUCUGUAGGUGACUAUCCAAGGCAAGUGUUGGCGCAGUUCAUCUGACUUCCAUCAGCAUUCGCAGACAGCUGCCGAACUCAUGGGCAGCCAUGUGAUGUCAGGGUUCAACAGAGCAGGAUUCCAACCAAAUAUCAGACAAAAUAUUACAGCCCCACCACAAAAGGCCCUCAGAAUGUCCAUAGUUGAACCAACAACAACCUGAACAGUGUAGGCUUCACAGAUGCGAGCUGUCAUAUUGGGUUGCAUUAGAUUUAGUUGUACCUAAUGAAGUGACAUUUCAGUCUCCUUGACGAACUUCAGGAUGAAGGGUCAAGAAAAUGUUUCAUACACACUGAGCAGUCAUUUACGCCUUUCAUCUUUGGCUCUGACCUCAGUAAAUGUACUGUUGCAGUAUGUGUAUGAAUGUGUAUGGUAUUAGGUGCAGUUUUUGUCAAUUAAUGCUGGAGUAUAUGAGUAGGACGUUCCAGGAGUGUUGAUUUUAGAUCAGCUAAAUCUGCAGAGAGGACGAGUUGACCAGAUGGUGGCACUAGAUGAAAGGUCGAGGGAUCACCAAAAUAUUUACACUUGAUUGUGUAGGGGCCAUGAAUAACCGCAGCAAACGUCAUCUCAAUCUUUGUCCACUUUUUCUAUGUAAAAAAAAGAUUUCUUCAUUUGUAGGCUCUGUGUAUUCCAGUCUCCUUUUCACUUCCUUACAAAGCUGUCAAACCUGAAAGAAGUGAGCUUCAAGAGUUUUACUGGCCCAUGAUCUGCGGUCUCAGAUGAUUGAAACAGUUAAAAGACACUGGUAAGUUGUCAGGAUCUGCCUUCACAAAUAAACUGAAACGGUGAAAAAUAAUAAUAAAAUCAAAACAAAGUACAAAGUGCUUCACAACAAGAGAAAUAAAACACCAUGAAAUGAAUGAGAAAGGAAUGUUGUCAUAUCCAAGAAACAACUGAGAAGGAGUUAUAAAUGAGGAAGAAUGCAUAGCAAUGGUUGUUAACAUUUGAAUGAAGUGAAAGCGGGCCGACCUCAGACAGAUCUCCUGUGACUGCAUGACUACCACACUGCCCAUCAUCAGUCAGUAUCCUGAGCAUUGAGACGGCUGUCUCCGUACAUGUGUCUGUUAUUUGUGUUUUGAUGUGGAAACCACACUACUGUCUCAAUACUUAUGCUAUCGACUGCAUCUAAUGAUACAACUCCUAACAUGUUGUGGAUCAGCACCUGCUAUGACUGGGCCUUUAUUCAAAUCAGCUUUCAGUGUAAUGAUGGAAGGAAGUGACUUUCCUGAAAGAAAGCACAGACUGGAGUUUUGAUGUUGAUGACUGAUAUUAGACGCUGUAUGACCUAAGAAUAGAAGGAGUUAGAUUAGAAAUGGAAAGAAACACUGCCCCGCUGUAUGUGAUUACACUGACACUGCCUUGGGGGUGUUUUACUGCUUCAGGUCUUUGGUGUUUGUGUAUUCAUUACAAAGCUUGCUUUCAUUUUUAAUAUGUCUAUGUGUGUUUCCCCCUCCUUUUUUGAAGGACUACAGCUGUAUUUCCAAAGCAGUUGUUCUUGUUUCAUGCCAUGGUUUGACUCUGGUUGGUCUUUGACAUUUGCAUCCUUCCUCUUCGCUCUAGAUCCACUGCAGGUGUGGGCUGACAGUAACACUGCAGCCUACUCUUAAUCCAUAUUUGGAUUUUAUCUUUUGCAAUUUUAGUCUGCUUGAGACUAAAAUUGGUCACUGGCUCAUGCAUAGACCAGCAAAAGAAAAUGUCACUUUGCUUCAAAUUGUCACAUCUUUAUCUUACCCCAUGAAGAGCUGGUUGUUGAAAUAUUGUGCAGAUUUAUUUUUGGGAACAAUACAAGCAGUGGUGUUUUUUCAUACUCAUCUAAGUGUCAAGCUACAACAGGAGCAGCUGCCAAAAAUACCCUGUGGCUGUUAUACUGUCUGUCCAGCCCUGUCUUCACUGGCUGCUGCCAUCGACAGCACCUUGAAUAAUAACAGACUGAUGUCAAACUCUUUUCAUUAGGAAUUGAGCAGCAAUCGAAUGAGCAGCAAAUGUCUGUCCCAACAGUGAGAUACAUCUGACAUCUGGGUGACUGGGACUUUCCACUUCUAAUCUGGUUUGUUCAUUUUACCUGUAAAUAUGUUUUUUGACUUGAAUGCAGAGUCACUGUUGUGGGUGUCCACAUGACAGCAGGAGGACCCCACUUUCUUAGCCAGGGUUUCCAGAAGGCUGAAUGUAAAUUUAAAAAAUCGUAAUAACCUUAAUAGUUCAAUCUAAUAAUGAUUUUUUUAAAUUAAAAUCUUGGGUCUGAAGUGUGGAGGCAGGUUGGAAAUUAGGCAAGACUAAUGGUCAACCAUGGCUCAGUCAGCACUGGCCAUUCUGUUCACCUUUAUUAAAUUAGCUUGUGUGACACUUGGAUAACGUAGUGUGAUUUUGUGUGUCCUUCAGUUUCUGCGUACACUAUUUAAGGUCUGUUGCUUUGUAGCAGUUUUUAAGGGACAUUAUUCUAUUGUAAAAAAAAAAAAGAAAAAAAGACGUCUUUUGUAAUUUUGUCCCCUGUUGACGAAAAUAAAGUCCAACUGUUAUUUA